AUGGCGUCGGAUUAUGACCUGAUUGGCGACGCGGGUAGUGACGGGGGGCACGAGGAUGACGGGGCCCUGGAGCAGCACCCCCAGGACGGCGGACAGGAGGCGGCCAAGGACAGAUGCGGCUCCGGUGACCAGGAGGAUUCCGACAGGGGGAAGCCAGGAGUUCGAGCGCAGAAGAGGCGUCGCCAGAGCGCCAAAAAGACGUACAAGUGUAGGGAAUGCGGGAAGCAGUAUAGCUUCAAAGAUAGCUUUGAUUACCACGUCAAGACCCACACAGGCGAGAAAACAUUUCAAUGUAACGUUUGUAACAAGCGUUUCAUCCUGAAGUCCACUCUUGAUUCUCACGUCAGGACCCACUCCGGCGAGAAACCAUAUGAAUGUGACGUUUGUAACAUGCGUUUCAGCAGGAAGGGCUCGCUUAGUGACCACAUUAGGACCCACACAGGCGAGAGACCUUUUGAAUGUGACGUUUGUAAGAGGCGUUUUCUUUUGAAAUCCACUCUUGAUUCCCACGUCAGGACCCACACAGGCGAGAAACCAUUUCAAUGUAACGUUUGUAACAAGCGUUUCAGCCAGAAAUCCACUCUUGAUUCUCACGUCAGGACCCACACCGGCGAAAAACCAUAUGAAUGUGACGUUUGUAACAUGCGUUUCAGGAGGAAGGGCGCGCUUAGUGACCACAUUAGGACCCACACAGGCGAGAAACCAUUUCAAUGUAACGUUUGUAACAAGCGUUUCAUCCAGAAAUCCACUCUCAUUUGUCACGUCAGGACCCACAUCGGCGAGAAACCAUAUGAAUGUGACGUUUGUAACAUGCGUUUCAGCAGGAAGGACGCGCUUAGUCGCCACAUUAGGACCCAUAAAGGCGAGAGACCUUUUGAAUGUGACGUUUGUAAAAGGCGUUUUAUUUUAAAAACCACUCUUGAUUCCCACGUCAGGACCCACACCGGGGAGAAACCACAUGGGUGUGACAUUUGUAAACAGUGCUUUGGUCACAAAUCAAAUCUCAGUCGUCACAAAAAAACACACUGUACUGCUGCGGACCUGUGAAUAUGUGAUUAACUGUUAAUAGCCAUGGAUAAAUCUGACUUUUGCUUGGGCAGGGUAUUUGUUGUAUGGUUGAAAGUUUCACGUCUGCUUAAUGUAGGCCGAAGGACGAUGUAAAACUGACGACUCGACAGCCCGUCUGUCAUGUUGAUUUUGUAUUGAGUUCUUGUAUUUAAUGUAACGGUAAUUUAGUGCAUAAAAAUAAAACCUUGCACCUAUUA